ACGCAUUGCGAUACAGUGUUGCCAGAAGAAGGCGCACACAAAAUAAACAAUUUUUACUACUUAUUAAAACAAUCUCUGUGCAUCUUAAUUUGAGUCAUUCCCUUUAGUUCCGUUGCUGCUGCAGCAUGUCUGAGAAACCGACUGUGUUAAUUUUGGGUGGCUGCGGUUUCAUUGGAAGAAACUUAGUCACUUAUCUGCUUAACAAUGAGCUGACGCAGGAAAUACGCAUAGCCGAUAAGACGCCGCCUCAAAUGGCUUGGUUGAAUGAUGAGACUUCGAAGGCCUUCGAUAAAGUCGAGUUCUGCAGUGCCAACUUGAUAAAUGCCGCUUCGUGUAAACUGGCAUUUGCACCACACCCAACAACUGGCCGGGGCUGGGAUGUGGUCAUUAAUUGUGCUGCUGAGACGCGUGCCAAUCAGGAUGAUGCCGUUUACAAGGAGGGCAUCUACAAGUUAAGCAUCAAUUGUGCCACUGAGGCAGCCAAUCAACAGGUCAAACGCUACAUUGAGCUCAGUUCGGGUUGUGUGAAUAGCAGCGAAAAAAUACCACUGAAAGAGGAUUGCAAACUGGAGCCCUGGACGGGUGUGGCCAAGCAAAAGCUAAAGGUUGAAAAGGAGCUGGCGCGUAUCAAUGAUCUCAGCUAUACUAUAGUACGCCUGCCCGUUGUCUAUGGCAUUGGUGAUAAGCGCUACUUGAUGCCGCGCAUUAUAAUAGCUGCCAUUUACAAAUAUCUUGGCGAGACAAUGAAAUUGCUUUGGAACGAUGCCAUGCGUCUGAAUACGGUGCACGUAUCGGAUGUGUGUGCGGCUAUUUGGGAAUUGUGGCAGAGCCCCAAGACAGCUGGACAGGUGUACAAUAUUGUGGAUGACUCAGUGUCGACGCAGGGCAGCAUUACCGAUCUCUUGAUUGAUAUAUUUGGCAUCAGUGUGGACUACUUUGGUGUUGUUAUGUCCAAUCUGACUAAGCUAUAUCCCACCGACACGGUGAGUGAAAUCAACGACAAGCAUAUGGCACCAUGGGCGGAGAUUUGCCAACGGAAUGGCAUUGAGAAUACUCCGUUAACUCCCUAUCUGGAUGAGGAGCAGCUUCAUCAUAAGCAUCUUUAUUUGGACAAUACGAAAUUGAAAGACUUUGGCUAUAUUCUAAAGCAUCCAAAACUUAAUCGAGAUCUUCUUAUGGAAAUGGUAGAUGACUAUGUCAAACAGCAAUUAUUCCCAAAAUCGUUGAUACUAUAAAAAGAAAACAGAAAUUUCAUCAUACUCAAUCGGCAAUUUGCACCAAGUUGAUACGCACAAGCACAUAGUCGUAAAUAUAUAUUCGUCUAACUAUAUAAUUUACAUAUAUUAGUUAGUAAGUUAAAGACUUUGAUGAAAUGGGAAAACUAGUUAAGAGUUGAUUAUACUUUGUUUUUAAAUUUCUACACUCUUGUAAUGUCCUAGAUUUUGGUAGAUCCCUUUAAUUUUUUACAAACAAAAAGUGUACUUAUAGUAUUAUAUAGAGAUCAAUAUUUUUUUAUACACACACACAAACACAUUCCAAACAAAUUCCAACGAGAUGUAUACGUAAUCUGACUAACAAUUCUAUUGUGAUGUUUUUUAAGUGGCCAAUUAGAGCACUUUGACAAAUAAAAAUGCACUUGUUUAGAGUUUUA